CUUCAGUUCAUGGUUAGUCCGUGUCCACUCUUACUAUACCAGGGGGGCGUCUGACGGCUUCAGUCCGCCGUGCGAACCGAGAUGCUGGGGGAUGCAUGAAGCGGUGGGCUCCUGAGCAUGGUUCUCUUACCAACCGGGAAAUGAAAGUUGGCAAUUCCUUAUGUAAAUCUCUCAUCAGCAGUGAACACGCAUCAGCUCAAUCCGCAUGAGAGAGAUUUUGAUUUUUUUUAGCCGUAAUUUUGAAAUUCUUUGACGGUUGAGGAGCAGCAGCCAGAACACACAGGGGGCAGAACCAACACCGCGGCCACUUGACAGGUGCCGUUGCCCGGCUCUGCGUGGAGAGAUGCCGCCCGUCCAGAGAACGAUGUCUGAUCUUCGUACUCGGGCGGAGGGAUAUGAAAAGACAGAGGACGCAUCAGAAAAGACAUCCUUAGCUGACCAAGAAGAUGCCCGGCUCAUAUAUCUCAACCAACCACAGUUCACCAAAUUUUGCAGCAAUCGAGUCAGCACUGCAAAAUAUAAUGUCCUCACCUUCCUUCCUCGAUUCCUUUACUCACAGUUCAGGAGGGCAGCCAAUGCCUUUUUCCUCUUCAUUGCACUCCUUCAGCAAAUCCCAGAUGUGUCUCCCACUGGUCGCUGGACCACUCUGGUGCCGCUACUAUUUAUCCUGGUGGUGGCUGCUGUCAAGGAGAUCAUUGAGGAUCUGAAACGUCACAAUGCUGACAGUGUUGUCAACAAAAAGGAAUGUCAAGUACUGAGGAAUGGUGCCUGGGAGAUCGUGCACUGGGAGAAGGUUGAAGUGGGCGAUAUUAUUAAAGUAAAUGGCAGUGAUUUCGUUCCUGCGGAUGCUGUCAUUUUAUCAUCCAGUGAACCACAGGGUAUGUGCUACAUUGAAACAUCUAACCUGGAUGGAGAAACAAACCUCAAAAUCAGACAGGGACUCCAAGUGACUGCAGACAUAAAAGAAAUUGACAGCCUGAUGCGUCUGUCUGGGCGGAUGGAGUGCGAAAGCCCAAACCGACAUCUGUAUGAGUUUGUUGGGAACAUCCGCUUGGAUGGACACAGCACAGUACCACUGGGUCCAGACCAGAUCUUACUGAGAGGAGCCCAGCUGAGGAACACACAAUGGAUCCACGGCGUGGUAGUCUACACAGGACAUGACACAAAGCUCAUGCAGAAUUCCACGCGGCCUCCUCUGAAGCUGUCCAACGUGGAGCGUAUCACCAACUUUCAGAUCCUUGUGCUGUUUGGAUGCCUGCUGGCCAUCUCUCUGGUCUGCUCCAUUGGCCAAACCAUUUGGAAGGGCCAGUAUGGCAACGAUGCUUGGUACAUGGAUCUCAACUAUGGUGGGGCAGCUAACUUUGGCCUUAACUUCCUCACCUUCAUUAUCCUGUUCAACAACCUCAUCCCCAUCAGUCUUCUGGUCACGCUGGAGGUCAUCAAGUUCAUUCAAGCCUUUUUUAUCAACUGGGACACUGAUAUGCUAUAUGAGCCCACAAACACACCUGCCAUGGCCCGCACCUCCAAUCUGAAUGAAGAAUUAGGCCAGGUGAAAUACAUUUUCUCAGACAAGACAGGAACUCUCACCUGCAACGUGAUGCAGUUCAAGAAGUGCACUAUUGCCGGUGUGGCUUAUGGUCACGUCCCUGAGGCUGAGGAGGGUAGUUUUGCAGAGGACGACUGGCACAGCACACACUCAUCAGACGAGGCAGGAUUUAAUGAUCCGAGCUUACUGGAAAACCUCCAGAAUAAUCACCCUACAGCUGCUGUUAUCCUGGAGUUCAUGACCAUGAUGGCCAUCUGUCACACUGCAGUCCCUGAACGCACGGAUGGAAAAAUCAUCUACCAAGCUGCAUCUCCAGAUGAAGGCGCUUUAGUGAGAGCAGCACGAAACCUUGGCUUCGUGUUUUCUGGUAGAACCCCAGACAGCGUCAUUGUGGAAAUUGUUGAAACAGAGGAAAAAUAUGAACUGCUUCAUGUGCUGGAGUUCACAAGCGCAAGGAAGAGGAUGUCAGUCAUCAUGCGCACCCCAUCUGGGAAGAUCCGCCUCUACUGCAAAGGAGCUGACACAGUGAUCUAUGACCGCCUGGCAGACAGCUCUAGGUACAAAGAGAUCACAUUGAAGCACCUGGAGCAGUUUGCCACUGAAGGACUGCGCACUCUGUGCUUUGCGGUGGCAGACAUCAGUGAAUCGUCCUAUCAGCAGUGGUUGGAGAUCCACCACAGAGCCUGCACCUCCCUGCAGAACAGAGCCUUAAAACUGGAGGAGAGCUACGAACUGAUAGAGAAGAACCUGCAGCUCCUGGGCGCCACCGCGAUAGAGGAUAAGCUCCAGGAUAAGGUGCCGGAGACCAUCGAGACUCUAAUGAAGGCUGACAUAAAGAUCUGGAUCCUGACUGGGGACAAACAGGAAACAGCCAUCAAUAUUGGACAUUCCUGCAAAUUGCUGACGAAGAACAUGGGCAUGAUUGUGAUCAAUGAAGACACUUUGGAUAGAACAAGAGAAACGCUCAGCCACCACUGUGGAAUGCUGGGAGAUUCCCUCUACAAGGAAAACGACUUUGCUCUCAUUAUUGAUGGAAAGACUCUAAAAUACGCUCUUACAUUUGGAGUGCGCCAGUACUUCCUGGACCUCGCCUUGUCCUGUAAAGCUGUCAUAUGCUGCAGAGUAUCGCCUCUUCAGAAGUCAGAAGUGGUUGAGAUGGUGAAAAAACAGGUGAAGGUGAUCACGCUUGCCAUCGGCGAUGGUGCUAACGACGUAGGAAUGAUCCAAACAGCUCAUGUCGGUGUGGGAAUCUCAGGCAACGAGGGUCUGCAGGCGGCAAACUCCUCAGACUACUCUAUUGCCCAGUUCAAAUACUUAAAGAAUCUGCUGCUGGUUCACGGAGCCUGGAAUUACAACCGCGUAGCCAAGUGCAUCCUAUACUGCUUCUACAAGAAUAUUGUCCUGUACAUCAUCGAGAUCUGGUUUGCAUUCGUCAAUGGCUUCUCUGGUCAGAUUCUGUUUGAACGCUGGUGCAUUGGCUUGUACAAUGUGAUCUUCACUGCCUUGCCUCCUCUCACUCUGGGAAUAUUUGAGCGCUCCUGCAGGAAAGAGAAUAUGCUGAAAUACCCAGAGCUCUACAAAACCUCCCAGAAUGCCAUGGGCUUUAAUACCAAGGUCUUCUGGGCCCAUUGUCUGAACGGCCUCUUCCACUCCGUCAUCCUCUUCUGGUUCCCCCUUAAAGCCUUCCAGCAUGAUACAGUUUUUGGCAAUGGAAGAACUCCGGACUAUCUCCUCUUAGGCAACAUGGUUUACACGUUUGUCGUCAUCACAGUUUGUCUUAAAGCUGGCCUUGAAACCUCGUCUUGGACCAUGUUCAGUCACAUCGCCAUCUGGGGAAGCAUCGGCCUGUGGGUGGUGUUUUUCGCUAUCUAUUCCUCCUUGUGGCCCCUCAUCCCUCUGGCACCUGACAUGUCAGGCGAGGCGGACAUGAUGUUCAAUUCAGGGGUCUUCUGGAUGGGCCUGUUCUUCAUCCCAGUCACCUCGCUGAUUUUCGACGUGGCCUACAAAGUUGUGAAGAAGGCAUGCUUUAAGACCCUGGUGGAUGAGGUGCAGGAGCUGGAGGCGCUAUCUAAAGACCCUGGAGCAGUAGUGCAUGGAAAGAGUUUGACAGAGAGAGCCCAGCUCCUGAAGAACGUCUUCAAGAAGAGCACAGUGAGUCUGUACCGGUCUGACUCCAUGCAGCAGAACCUGCUCCAUGGCUACGCCUUCUCUCAAGAUGAGAACGGAGUGGUGUCUCAGUCUGAGGUCAUCAGAGCGUACGACACCACCAAGCAGAGGACCAACACGUGGUGAGGCGUCGGCCUUCUUGUUCACGGCCGGCCUGCUCGGAGCCACGGCGGCCGUUUCCAGUGGCGAUAUUUGAAGCUUAACGGGGAGAAGCGGUGGUGUGUGCGUGUGCCUCCAGCGCUGAGGGGAAGGGGGGGGGUUGGAAAGAGACAGAAGAAAGGGACAUUGUGUAGUCUUUGGAAAAAAAGGGAUUUAAAAGAAAAAAAAAACAAGGAACAAAACAAGUCAUGUUCACUAUCAGCUGUAGUUGUGUGUCGCGCAGACAUGAUAUGAGCACUGUGCUUUCUUAGCAGUCUGUGGUCUGAAGUUCUUCACUGUUCUUGCUCUGUUUGUCUCCUUUCUGUUGAUUUGAGAAACGACAGCUUUUAGCACUGAGCCAAAAGUCCUAAAAGCCUAAAAAUCAUUUUAGUAAAUCGAAAUCAAACACUGGACAGCGAUUGGUUUCAGACGUUUUUGAACUCGUGAAAGAUUGCCAAAGAGCAGUCGUAUAUACAAUCGUCCAAGUACUAGUGAAUUUGAGAAAAAACGUUAAACCAAAUGUAAUUAAACUCCUGUGUGUGUUCCAGCGCGAAACAGACCACAUCAGAGCAGAUGUUUGUAACAUGUUCGUUUUGUUUUUGCACUCGAGGAAGCAUCUGUUGUGUGAAGCCUUACAUUUUAUUAGGCCUUUUCUUUCCGUCGGUUUCUUUUCAAAUGCAUUUUAUACAUAUGUAGAUACUGUGCCUCGUUUUUACCUCUUCAUUUAUUUAUGUUUUAUCUGAAGAAGUUGCCUCCUGCAACCUACCGUAGUCCUGUGUCCACCGUUUUCGCAGCAGACGUAUUGCUCUCGACUUAAAAUUGCAUUCCACGCAUCCGCUCCCGUUUCAACAAUCACAACGGUGCCUACGUCAAACUGUUCCCUCUUAGAAGAAAAAGAUCGCUUAGACCAGUGCUCCACACACACACUUACUGUCUCCCCACCACAGUAUUGCACUCCUACAAUGUGAAAACUACAGAUUUGUUCCUGCAGAGGUGAAGAGGAGGCUCUCUGAUGGGUUUUUCGUUGAAGCUUACAGUGGCAGCAGUGAUUCCCUUCAAAUGGAGAUUUUAUCCCUCUAACAUAAGUGCCAUUAGCUUAAGGGAGAGAGAGAGAGAGAGAUUAGCCAGGAAACUCCACGACAGUAUCAAAACUGCUCUGUCUCUAUAGUUAUUUUGUGGAUUUGUAUUUUUAUAUUGGAGACGUAUGAAUUUUGCAUCGACCGGCUUUGUAAUGAAUCGUCUGUAACUUUUCGUUUUUUCUUCCUCUGAUGAACGGGCGGGAUAGAUUAGACGUGACGAGGAAACUGAGCUUUCUUAAAUGUCUUGUUAUUAUUAAUAUUAAUAUUGUUACAGCUUGAUUUAUUUAUAAUUGACUAAUGUCUGUGUGAUUGCUUUCUUCUCCCUAUGGGAGAUCAGAUUUCUGAUGGUGCGAGUGUGUGUAUACGUGUGUGUCGGUUUUUUGCUUGCAUGUGCAUGUGCCGUAUGAGUGUGUGUGGGUGCAUAUGUGUGUGUACCUCUACUGUGGAUAAUUUCUGUGUAUGCACUGCAUGUCUGUGUCCUCUAUGAAAGACUGGGAAGUUUCUGGCACCUCAGUCCUCCUGGUGUGUUUCUUUUAUUGUAUAUUUGUGUGUGCGCGCGCGUGUGUAGUGACGCUUGCUCAAGUUGUCCGUCUGCACGACUCCAGGUAUAGCUAUGGUGUACUAACGUGUGCCGAUGCAUGGCCUGUAUGGGAACACGAGGCUGCCGGCGUGCGGGUGUUCGCGGUCAAACGCUCGACCUCAACUGUGAGAGUUUUUGACGCACCGCUCGCUUCGACAGGAGAUGUUUGCACAAUGCACUCGAUGUACCUUUCCAGUUGUGGAUAUCUGGUAUUUUCUGGUUUCGGUAUAUGAUUUCUUUUGAGUGUACACGUUUGUGACCUUUUUUUUCCACGCAGUGUACCUCCUGCUUUACAGGAAAGCUCAUUUGUGUUUUGUGUUUCUGAUUAUUUUUCUCUGCUGGUCUUUGGCGUGAAAACUUAAUCGGCUGUCAUCUUGUCAGAAAUUUUCCAAACAGCAGAAUGUGGUUGUCGUCGUUGUGGAAGGUUUGGACUUUUGCUUUCUUCUCUUUCUUUUUUUUUUCUCUGUCUUUCUUUUUCUUUUUUUCCCAGAAAACAUAAAACACACGUCGUUGUCUGUGAAGGUCGUGGGCUGCAUGAAUGGAAAACAAAAACUGUUCUCCGAAGUGUUAACCGUACUACUUUAAUUCUCCCUCAAGUGUUGAUCACUUUACAAAAGCGGAAACAAAAAAAAGGCGCACCUUUUAACUUUUCUUUUCGAUGAUUCGUUUCCUUUCUGUCUUUUUGUUCGAUGAUUGUUCUGCAUGUUGGGACUGCAAACUUAUAAGUGUUGUCUUUACUGCCAUGAAGGACUACUGAAAUAAACUUUACAAUCACUGAGGAA